CUUCUUAAACAUUUUUAAAACCUUAUUUACUUUACAUACAACAAUAGUUUAGUUAUAUAUUAUAAACUUAUAGAAAGAGACCAUCUAAAAACAUUAAAUUGUAUGACUGGCACGCGUAACCUUAAAUUGGAGUGAAUAAAUGAAGACUCGGCACAGCACUUCUGAAAGGUUGCCGACCCCUGAUCUAUGGAGUGUGUGGAAAGUUAUUUUGAAGGGUGUAAAACUCUCUCUUUAGCCAGUAGCCUGGAGCAAUUGUGCAGCUCCACAACACUGUGUAAUCAUGGAUUUAGUACCAGUACAUCCAUCUAGGUGCAAAUUAUUCUAUUGAAAAUCAAUUACAAUGGGAGAUGCCACAAAACCUUGCUUUGCCAAAAGAAAAAAGGAGAGGGGAGUUUUAGAUGAAGAGAAAUUGAAGAGGAACCCUUUACAACAAGACUACCAUCCCAUGGAGGAUUAUGGAUAUGGCAAAAAAAAAAAAUAGAUAUGGGCUUUCAGAAGAAAAAGGGAUCACAAGGUCACUUGGAACCAGUCCCAGAAAAGGACCACAUAGUAUUCUGAAUAGCUCAAAUUCUUUUAAAAACAUGGGUCAGAACCAAGGAGUAAGAAUAAAUGAUACCCGAAAAGACCAGAUUAAGAAAUGGAUAUCCGAUGACCAUCGUGGCAAUUCAGACAGCUGGAGAGAAUACAAAUCUACAGUUUGGAUUCCUGUGCUUAACAGGACAAGAAAAGACUCUCUUCGUGAGGUUGAAGGUGCAGGAAGCAGAAAUGUAAAAAGACAGUUUCCGAAAGACUUAAAUGAAAAAAUGUCAGACACACAGAAAGGAAACUGGAUACAACUUGAUAUAAAUCUCUCCAAUCUCUAGGCAGUGUUGAAGAAGUUGCACAAGUAAUUGACAUUACUUGCUCCAAGACCACAUGUGUCCUCGAAACUACCCAACAGCCAAGUAUACCUGCAAAUUAUGUGAUGCUUUGAUUGAAUCAGUGACAUUUACUCAUAAACACAUUAAAGAGAAGAAUUACAAGAAAAACAUAAAGGAAGAGCAAGAAGAAGAACUGCUGACUACCCUGCCUCCACCAACACCUUCCCAGAUACAAGCUAUUGGUGUUGCCAUUGAAAACGUAGUGCAAGAGUUUGGCUUAAGUAAUGAGGAUUUGGAACAAAGACUCAAAAUUAAAACAGCGAUGGAAGAUUUAUUGCACCAAAAAUUGCCAGAUUGCUCGCUAAGGCUGUACGGCUCCUCCUGUAGCAGAUUUGGUUUCAAAACUUCUGACGUAAACAUUGAUGUCCAGUUUCCAGCCAAUAUGGCUCAACCAGAUGUUCUCUUACUUGUACAAGAAAGUCUGAAGAAUAGUGGUGUGUAGAUGCCCAGGGAUUUUAAUGUUGCCCUAGAGUCCUUCAGAGAAUGAAGGGACUCUUCAGUUUUGGCCACAAAUAGUUUUGGGCCUUCAAAGGGCAGGUCCUCGACUGUUGACUGCACCUCUCUCGGGAACCCCAAGAGAUGGAGCCUUGAUGCACGGUGCACGAUCGCUGAUGUUGCAAUGGAGCGUGCUGCUGUUUCCGCAGAGUCAAGUGAGCCCUGCAACGCUGUCCUAGCAAUGAGAUGGCCUUCGGCAAUGUUGGCUUUAAAUUGUUCUUUUUUGUCU